AGUCAACAACACGCUCGCAUCGCGCUUUGUGUCUAUGGUCGCUUUUGACAGCUCGGUUAUCUGGCGUUGUCGUACAUAAACUCGCUUGAAUAAACACAAGUUUUAUCAACAUUCAGGCAAAAACAAGUGAAAAAUUAUUAACGACAGUUUGCUAAGAAACGAUACAAAAGAGUGCGCGAAAAUAAAAUUAAGAACAAAGUGGCACAGUGCAACGCGGAGCCGUCCGAAAAUUCCGCCGUCGAACAGGUGUUUUUGAAUGAAAUGUGUGCCAGUUCUCACCGUAAUUAAUUUUUAGUAGCGUGAAUAACAGAAAAGCGUAUCAAUCGAUCGGCGAUCGAUUUCGAGAGCGACCCUCCUGCGUUUGCAAUCAGCAAGGGUCGGACGCAACGCGGCUCCCCUCGGAUUCGUGAAAAAGAAUGAUGCUUUGCAAGAGGGUCGAGCACUCGAGAUAGGGGCAGGUCGUGGGCGGCUGCGAGGCUAUGAAGGCAAGCGCGCGGUGAGACGAAGCCGUGGCGAGCAUGCCGCACCAGUACGGCGGCGGCGCGGGCGGCGCGUCGCCGCCGGCGCCGGCGGGCGCCUACCCGCGAUACGCAAGCGCCGCGGGGCCCGGAGCCGGCGCUUACCGCCCCGAGGAGCGCCGCCUGACACGCGAGGCCAUGGAGCGCUAUUUACGAGACCGUUCCGAUAUGGUGGUCGUUAUCUUGCAUGCCAAAGUGGCCCAGAAAUCAUACGGUAAUGAAAAGCGGUUUUUCUGCCCGCCGCCGUGCAUCUAUUUGUUUGGUGACGGUUGGCGAUUGCGGCGCGAGCGCAUGCUGCGCGAGGGUGAAACCGAGCAGGCGGCGCAACUGUGCGCCUUCAUUGGCAUCGGCAACUCCGAUCAGGACAUGCAGCAACUGGACCUUAACAAUGGCAAGCAGUACUGUGCCGCUAAAACUUUGUACAUAUCAGAUUCUGAUAAAAGAAAGCAUUUCAUGCUGUCAGUCAAAAUGUUCUAUGGUAAUGGGCAUGAUAUUGGUAUAUUUAAUAGCAAAAGAAUAAAAGUAAUUUCAAAGCCAUCAAAGAAGAAGCAGUCAUUGAAAAAUGCUGACUUGUGUAUUGCUAGUGGGACAAAAGUUGCUCUGUUCAACAGACUGAGAUCACAGACGGUGUCUACGAGGUACCUCCAUGUGGAGAAUGGUAAUUUCCAUGCAUCAUCCACACAAUGGGGAGCGUUCACUAUCCACUUACUGGAUGACAAUGAGAGUGAAUCGGAGGAGUUUGCCGUGAGGGAUGGAUAUGUCCACUACGGCUCUACUGUGAAGUUGGUUUGUUCUGUAACUGGCAUGGCUCUCCCCAGGCUCAUAAUAAGGAAGGUGGACAAACAAAUGGCUCUCCUGGAGGCAGAUGAUCCUGUUUCCCAGCUGCAUAAGUGUGCAUUCUACAUGAAAGACACGGAGCGGAUGUAUCUCUGCCUAUCUCAGGAGAGGAUCAUACAGUUCCAGGCGACUCCAUGUCCCAAAGAACCUAACAAAGAGAUGAUCAACGAUGGUGCUUGUUGGACCAUCAUAUCCACCGAUAAAGCAGAAUAUCAGUUUUAUGAAGGAAUGGGACCUGUUAGAUCGCCAGUAACGCCAGUACCACUAGUACACUCGUUAAACCUGAACGGCGGAGGUGAUGUGGCGAUGCUAGAACUGGCUGGCGAUAACUUCACGCCCUCGCUGCAGGUGUGGUUCGGAGACGUGGAAGCGGAGACGAUGUACCGCUGCGCAGAAUCCAUGCUGUGCGUAGUGCCAGAUAUAUCGCAAUUCAGGGGCCAGUGGCUUUGGGUGCGACAGCCUACGCAGGUGCCAGUGUCUCUGGUGCGAAACGACGGUAUAAUCUACGCCACAGGGUUGACAUUCACUUACACCCCGGAGCCUGGCCCCAGGCCGGUAUGUCCCUCCGUGGACGACGUGAUGCGGCCGGACUCGGCCGGCUGGCACCACGAUACUCACCGCCUGCCCGACAACACGCUGCAAUAGCCCAUGGACUGCAGGCUUGACGACAGCCUGCAGUGAACACCCCGUGUCCUGUACACGUCAGAAUUGUGCCUCAUCAGAUACUUUGAGUUGAAACACGUGGUCUACAGUAAUUUCCUGUGGAGCCACGUAGGUUUUCGACAUUGCCUGUGUCCACAGAAACUCGUCCAAAGCAUUCGUGACACGUGUGCGUCUCUCCCGUGGAUUUGUGAACUAAUUAGUGGAAAGACUUUAUACUAGUACCGUGGUGAGUGACUGUAAUUUAGAUUCUAUAGUGCCUAACGUCUAUUGUUCAUAGCAUGAUCUUUGAUGUUUAGCGUGAAAGCUUAAACUGUAGUUUUAAAGGACACAGAAUCAAUUUUAAGAUGUGGUAUUUGAGUGUAGCUUCUAGCUAAGGUGGUUUUUUUAGCAAUCGUUUUGUUUUCGGGAUCGUGAUAGCGUUAGUAAAAGGCAGAUAAGAGAUUUUAUUUAAUAAAAAAAUAUGUGUCAAACUAUAUAAUCUAGGAAUGUAAAUUUUAAAGAUCAUGUUAUAAUACAUAGAAUAUAGAGAGCUUUAUUAUAAUUAUAUGUAGGUAACAUUCGCGAGUCAAUUGCUUCGCUUAUGAAAAAUGGUUAAUGGAAGAGGAACCGGCAUUCGUCCGAAUGUCGUUUACGAGUUAAUUUACCGAAAUUAUGACACCAAAAUGUUAUUAUUAAGAGAACAAUAAAACAUAUCGUGGGAAUUGUUUUUAAUGACUCGGAUGUAUGGAGAUUUUAUUAGUUUGCUUGGGAAAUGUAGUUUUAGGUAAAACGAGCAUGUAUAAGUACAAUAAAGAGAAGGCGUCGGUGUUCAGACGGGCCGCGUGGCGCGGUGUGACCGGCACACGACCUUCGUUACAUUACUCUUAGGGCCUGGCUAAAUACUCAACAUUUACCUGCAGAUAUAUAGGUAUCCUCUAAGGGAUUUGGAAUCGAAUGAGUUUCAUGAAAUAUAUUUGAAUCAAUUUUCUUAACAUAUUUACUUGCAGAUAUAUGUAGUAUUCUCUAAGAGAUUUGAAGCUUCAUGAAAUAUAUUUGAAACUUUUUUGGCAAUAAAAAUAAGAUGUACUAUUGACAAUGUUUUCCCGGGCCUCCAGAGGAUAAUGUAAUUUUGUAAAAAUAGCUUUUAUGUUGAAAAAAGAUCUUUUAUUUUACAUUAUAAAUCGACUAUAUGUCCAUAUUUAAAGCAUUGUUUUGCACGUCUAUGUUUGCAACACUGCGCAUUUUUUUAUUCUUACGAGAUUUAAUAAAUACAGAUUGUGUUGUCUAUGCCCUAUUUUAUCUGUGACAUGAAUUUAGUCACAAAAUACCAACUUUGUACUGGUAUGUAUAUUUUUGGCUGACGUCAAAGAGUUACUCAAGGAGAUGUUCCUAUAACAGCGUUUUUACGCCUAUAAAAUAUAAUGUUUUUAUAAAUAAUUCCAUGGAAUGAGAUCUCUUUGUCUCGGAUUUGUUUGGGGCCAAAUAGCUGUAUAAAACCAUGACAAGCCAUUGCGUUUAUUAAUUUUACGAUAACUAAAUAAUAAGCUUACGUCUGGGUAAUGAUAUAAGACUCAUAGAGAGAUUGAUUUAGCAUUGUACGUUUCUUAUAAAUUUUGUAUAAAUUAAGAAUAAUAGAAACUUAAGUCAUAUUAACAACUGUAAGGAGAAACCAAAUAAGUUAUUAUUUUACUCAAAAUAUCCCCUUAUUGUAACCGUGUCUUACACUUAUUUAAUUAUACCGUUUCAAUUUGUCAGUUAUUGGAGUUAGUCUCAAUUUGCACAAUUUAUUAAAUAUUUUUCUUGGCGAUAAUAUACUGAUCAAGGAUCGAUCAAUGACAUUAGCUGUGUCUGUGUACGUAUGUAUAUUUAUCGAGAUUUUAAUGAACAAUAUAGGUUGUAGUUAGUAUUUAGACUCUUAACACAUUGUUUCAAAUAUCGAAUGGAAUCAUAUUUAUUUUACACGAAUAAUUUGUUUUUAUAAAAUGUUUACACUUUAACAAUGAGUUUGAUGUGUAAUUUUAAAAGAAAUGUGUGAUUUCGUACAUUCCAUGUGGGAAGUGUAAUAUGAAGUACAAAAAAUAUCAAUAUUUUUGUAGCGAAACAUUAAAUACGAUGUAAUAUUAUGGAAUUGGUAAAGUUACAGUAUUACAAUGAAAUUAGUAUUAACUUGACUUAAAGAAUACGUCAAUUUGUGUAAAAUAAUAAGCAACACGUCAUAUGACAAAUUGUUUACUUUUACAUUUUAUGAUUUUACAUUUGGUAUUUCUAUAUUUGUAAAUGAUGUAAAAUAAAUGCUCGCCAAAAAUAUUGUGAACAUUCUGUGUACUAAGCGAACAUACGGAGCAGUGGAUUUUGAAAUAUAAAUAUUUUUAAUAAAAUUGAAUUUAAAUAUU